AUGAAAACAAGUGAGGAAAGUGUACAGAAACCCAAACAACAAAGGUUCACGGCAGACGGUAUCAACCGUGUUACAAGGGAUUUGGCGUUGUUUUUGGGCCAUUCGAAAGCACUGCAAGAGGAUGAUGACGGCCCAGUUUGUGACUCGCUCUCGUUUCCAACUCUCUCUUUACAAGAAUGGUCACUCGCAUUUUCCGGACUGGACACUUGCUUCCUCGUAAGCGCAAAUCGACUAGCCAAGCUGUUACUGGCGAUCAAUCAGCCAUCCCUGGCAAGGCUUGUACUACAAUCUAUCUUUCCCUUUCUGCUGGCCGGCGACCCGGGCCCGACUGAGUCAGAGCAUCUCAUGUCACUGCUCUCUUUCUCUGCUAGUAUUGCACAGCUAGAAAAACUCCCUACUGCUCAAGUACGCGCUCUCCUAGAUGUAUAUCGGGGGACCAGCGGUGGUGUCCUUAGUGCUCUUGCUCAACUAAUCAUCGUUACCCAUUCAAAGCGACCCUGUUGAUCCGCUUUCUUGAUAAACAAUCGAACCUCACUGAGA